GCUUUCCGUCUUUCUCUGGUCGUUUCUCCAGAUAAGUUUAAAUUCCUGUGUCGGGAUUGGUUUAUAUGAAGGGAGAUCCAGAAAAAAAGAAUCCCGCCCAAAAUCUGGACCCUGACUUUAAACAAAUAUGUGGGAUUCGAGAACCUCAUACUUGUGAAAACACCUUUAUAUAUUCUCAUCCUACCUACUACCCAUAUCAUCCAUUCUCUUUGAUCCCUCCACCCUCUACCCUCACCCCUCCCGCCGUCAACUUCUCCGCCGAGCACCGCAAGCUGCAGAAGCCAGUAAAUCCGUCUCAAACUUCCUACAGCAAAACAUUACAGUGAUGCGCCAGCAAUAGGAAACAAUUCAUGCACCCCUUCUCUAUUCUCACACUUGCGAUUUUCGUAGCCGGCUACAUCACUGCGAGGUGGGAUCUGGUUACUAGACUUUAUGAGCUUGCAAUAUUCGCAUGGGAUCACGGAGUAGUGGCACGAACUUUGAAAGGCUUCGCGAUUCUUUCCCUCUUCUUCUUUUUGUUCAUUAUACCGGUGGAAAGGCUCGCGUCGAGGGAGACGACACUACAUCCGCGAUCUGGCAGCGUCGGCAUAUCUGCACGAGAACAAUUGCGACGUCGGGGUUCUUUUUGAAGGAAGAGAUUUUAUGAUCAGUGAGCAUUUGUCAUGCCCGAUCAUGAUGGAUUGAUGAGGAUUUUCUGGCCGAGGGAUAUACCAAGGAGCGAUUCACCUGGAGUUAUAGUUGGCUGGAGGAACUCUGGCCUUGAUAUUUUUGUGGUUGCGAUCUUGGAAGAUGUUGACGCGCGCAAUGUAGAGAAUGCGUUGAAGGUCGGAACUCUGUUCCGAAAUGCCAGUCAUCCUAUCGAGAGAAUAUAUGAGUUAUGUGGACAGUCUUCACUACAGGUAUUGGGCUUGACAAAUUCACCAGAAGCAGAAGUCGAUAAUCUUCAAAUCCGCGCAACUACAGGGUCAGCAUACAAAUUACCUCAAAUAUCUUGUGCUCGAGCAUCAACGAAUCAAAUAGUCGUCUUUGAUCGACCUCAGCCUAAUAGGAUGCAAUACAUAUCUCUAAAGCCAAUAUCUUUGGCAUUGGAUGACAAGGCUGAAAUGGCAUUUCAUGCACCAGGCAGUGUUGAUGCGGAGGAAGAACGAGGAGAAUUAAGACAGAGGAAAAGGACCCAGGAACUAGUCGAAAAGCUGAAGUACCACUCAGUCGUUGAACAUCCGCCAUCACAAAAAGAGCUCGCCUUGCCAAGGAUAGUCAAUCAAAUCAAUUGUGCUUGGGAGGUCCAUCAAUUAUUACAGAAAAAUAUUUCGCUAGUUGGAGCUCGGUCAAGGAGAAGUCUGAGCGUGUCGGAAAGGGUAGUGGAAUCAGCGACAACGAUGCGUGAUUUCGUUCUUUUGACAAUAUGGCAACUCAUCACUCUCUACAUAUAUCCUAUCAUCAGACGUGGAUUUGUCGUUGGUCUCCUAUGUCAUAGAUUUGCUGCUGAAGCUUUACUCUUGAUUUUAGAGUGGAGAGCUAAACCAGAUUAUGCAGCCUUGAAAGAUAUCUCCGCAACUGCACAGCAAGUGGAGAUACGCUUGCAACAAUUCUGCUAUUGGCCUAUGCAAUAUGUCACACUUCGAAGAAGUAAAAGAGACUGGGGUAGUGUGACGACAAGUCAUCCGGACUACAUAAGGUUUUAUAAUAGCCUUUGGCUAGUUGCUAAUGAUGUGAUAAUUGGAAUUGCAUUGGGGUCCUAUAUUAUUGACAAUUCCGCCUGGGUAGCAGAAACUAUCAGUGAUAUCCUAAGCACUUAUUCUAUAGCUGCUCUACAAAGGACGAUAAAUUGGCUCAUGGAUUGGCCAGCUGGCUUAAAACUCAAUACUGAACUGGCUGCCUUUCUUGGUGAUUUGUUCUUAUGGGUCAUCGAACAUUGGUCAAGCUGUAUUGAAGCUUUGCAUCCAAUACUGCCCCAUGUUAUAUGGGUCGUUGGUUUUUCUAGUUUUGCUGGAGCCAGCAUGCCAAUCGCCCUUUUCUCUGACUUGCUCACAAUUCUAACACUUCACAUCUACUCGUUUUACAUGGCUUCUGCACGUAUAUUCAAUUGGCAGUAUACAAUCCUCCUCUCUUUAUUUCAACUAUUUCGAGGCAAGAAGCAUAAUGUUCUUCGAAAACGUAUCGAUUCUUGCGAUUAUGAUCUCGAUCAACUAUUGCUAGGCACGAUUUUAUUCACACUACUCUUCUUUCUCUUGCCUACAGUAGUUGUAUUCUACUUGGCAUUUGCAUGUGCACGAAUGGCAAUCAUCUCAUUAAAGGCCACUUUAGAUGCUUUACUUACAUGCUUGAAUCAUUUCCCACUUUUUGCAUUGAUGUUGCGACUCAAAGAUUCACAACGAUUGCCAGGUGGCAUACGAUUUGAACUUCGAGAUGCUCAACAACUAGCGAGCCAAAUACCCAACACUCCAUCUUCUCCACCAACAUCUUAUAUAUAUCUCAAAUCCGUCCCCCUCACUUUCCGUGCCAUGUUCCACCAAUAUUUCCAACUCGGGCAUCGUAUCCGUAAACACUACGCUUCGGCUCGUGUUCUUCUUUGUCUCGCGACCGGCAAAUUCGUUCCACCUAUACAUCGGAAAAAUCUUUAUUCGCUUCAAUACAGCAUGUUACCAGCUCGUCGAGCAGGUAUUAUGGAUAUGUGGUAUGCAUUGACGACCAAUUCUGAUGAGGGAAAGGAGAAGAGGAGAGGCAGUGCUGGGUGGUUGAAUGGUGGUGUGGCCAGUUUGGCCAAAGGGAAUGGAAAUCUGAGAAGAGGGAAUGGGUAUAUGGCUAGAAGGGGUGGACAUUAGAGGUUUUGUGGAAUGCAUGUGGAUCUAAACGAGUGAUUGACGGGCUCUUUUGUAUAUACGAUUGGGUUUUCAUGGGCCAAAUGAGUUGAGAUGAGAUGGGAUGAAUAAAAAGAGAGUUGGAGAAGGUUUGAGAUGAUAGGUUAUGUAUGUACUGUAUAUAGAUACGGAUUACUUAAUGAUAAUAUUUCCA